GAACGGUUAAGACCUCUUAUCUGAAUUGAUCAGACAUUUGCCUCUGAAUAGUUAAGCAAUAUACUAGCUCUUAAUGGUUCAGACCUCUUACUGGUUCAGCACUUAAUGGUUCAGACCUCUUACUGGUUCAGCACUUACCGAUUCAGAAGUUGCCAAAUAGCCCCUAAAACUUAUGUACUCCUUCCAUUCCAUAUUAACGGACCAUUAUCACUUCUUUGAUACAUUGAAAAAUGAAUGAAUGUAGACAUAUUGUAAACAUAUAACCACCCAGAUAUAAAUAUGCCCCGGCUAUAAAUUAAACGUCCCUAAACAAUUCAAACACACAAAGAAUUAUGUCGGGUCCAAACGUUAAUCGCCCUUUGGGGUGUCUCAUAAUUUCAUUGGCUUUGACUAUUAUAUCUUCUUGUGCCAUGAUCGAACCUUCUUCUUCUUCUUCUCCGGGAGUCAAAGGGGUUUAUUGGCCUUCGUGGGCCGAUUCAACUUUCCCGCCCUCCGCCAUAGACACAACUCUCUUCACCCACGUCUACUACGCAUUCCUCCUUCCUAACAAUGUCACAUUCCGCUUCGACGUGGACCCCACCACCGCAGACCAGCUCCGCCGCUUCACGUCCACCCUCCGGUCAAAAUCCCCGCCCACAAAGACUCUGUUCUCCGUCGGCGGCGGCGGGGCAGACCCGAAAGUGUUCGCGCGGAUGGCGUCGCGCGCUCCGAGUAGGAAGGCCUUUGUCGACUCUAGCAUCCGAGUGGCCCGGGCGUUCGGGUUCGACGGGAUUGACUUGGACUGGGAAACGCCACAGAGCCCGGAGGAAAUGAGCGACUUCGGGCUGCUGUUGGCCGAUUGGCGCGCCGCCGUAGAGCGGGAGGCGUCGGCCACUCGCCGCCCCCGGCUCCUACUCACGGCCGCCACCUAUUUCUCGGCGGAUUUCUUCCUCGGCCCGGUGUACCGGGCGUACCCGGUACCCGCAAUUAACCAGAAUCUGGACUGGAUCAACGCGAUGUGCUACGAUUACCACGGAUCGUGGGACACGACGGCGACGGGAGAACACGCGGCGCUUUUCGACCCGAAAACCAACAUAAGCACCAGUUAUGGGCUCGGGCAGUGGAUCAGGGCCGGCCUGAUGAGAAGCAAGCUGAUAAUGGGCCUGGCUCUGUACGGGAGGACAUGGAAGCUGAAGGAUUCGAGCUCGUACGGGAUCGGAGCGCCGGCGGUGGACGUGGGCCCGGGAGGCGGAACUCUGAGAUUCGACGAGAUCCAGGCAUUCAAUCGGGAGAAUAACUCGACGGUGGUUCAUGACGCCGCCACGGUGUCGGUGUACUCGGUGGCGGGGACGUCGUGGAUUGGGUACGACGAUCCGGCGUCAAUAUCGAUCAAAGUCAAAUACGCUCGGGCCACUCUCAACCUCGGUGGUUACUUCUUUUGGGCCGCUAAUGGUGACUCCCAGUGGAUGAUUUCUAAACAAGCUAAGCAGUCGUGGGACGGGACUGCGGGAGCAAUUUCUAUUGAGGUUUAGAGGAUGAAAACUAAGUUUAUACCCUUACUUGCAUAUUAGGUGUAUUAUAGACAUAUACAGACAAUAAUUUUAUAUUUACCCUAUACAUAAUUGUUGUGUCUGUAAUAUAUUAGUCUGGUAUGGUAGUUGGUUGGUAUGCAAUUUUAGCACACCUCAUGCAACCACCGUGCAGGCCAUAGUUUGGCAGAUUUUUAGCAAAGUUCCUACAUGAAAUUAAAUGUCAUCAGAAGAGUAAUACUCUGCAUUUUAUUAGGGUGCUCCUAAUUACCACAAUAAGCACAUUCGCCUCAU